AUGAGUGAGGUGGCAAUGGUAGUUCCACAUAAGGGUGGAUUCAGCUUUGAUUUGUGCCGUAGGAAUGAAAUGCUCUCAGGGAAAGGCCUCAAGCCUCCGUCGUUCUUGAAGACAGGAACCACAAUUGUGGGGUUGGUCUUUCAGGUAUGAUUGCUAUUUGAGUCUGCUGCCAAUAAUUUUUUAACGUUUAUUUCUUAGUUGAGAUCCUUUAGUUACUUUUUUUAUACUUAAAAGUAAAUCAAGCACAAUAUCGGAGACAGUCGUGUAUUUUUUUAGCUUUUUGUUAUAUUUUACAAACCAGCCACUGUCAUAAACUAGUGUAAUAAUUUUUAAUGAAGCCAUUAGUUUGUUACUUGUAUUUAAAUUAGGCAAAUCCUUACUUCAUCGACCUACAUGACGUUUGCAACCGCAUUGACAUGCUCUUCUCCUCUCUAUUAUGGUCGAGAUACUAGGUUUGAAAUGGUAAGACUGGGUCUUUAAUGUACUGUAAUUUAGCCUCUAAAUUAUGGUGCAUCUUUUAUCUUUGAAAUCAAUCUUAGUAGGUGUACAAUCCUUAUAACUUGUAUUACUUUACAGCAAUACAAAUUUUCCAAACGACAUCUCCAUGCACUCUUUCUAGAACCAUAUCAUAAUACUUCAAAUUUUGAAGAACUGCCCUACUUGAUCCUCUCUGAUCUCGGUCCACAAUCUGGCAUAUGCUAGUGGUGCUACCUAAGUCUCAUUGUUCUUUUUUUUCUUUUCUAAUGUCGCUAAUCUCAUUCAAUUGACGAUUAUUUCUAACCCACUUUCAUGUGCAAACAUACUCUCUGUUCUCUUCCAUGGUGCUACCUUCACUUGUGUGGUACCAUUGAGAUCUGUUUAAGUAGCAUUUUAGGACUUCUAUUUUUGAACUACUUCUGAUUGUUUCAGGGAGUUACAAAGAGGUGUUUUUUUUCUAUUACAAAUCAUUUUUGAUAUUUCAAUUAUGCAGAAUUUAUUUUUCUUGAACAGGAUUUUUCAUUGACCCUUUUUGUUUUUUUGUUUUAAAAAAAAACUAGGACGGUGUUGUAUUGGGGGCUGAUACAAGAGCAACUGAAGGGCCAAUUGUUGCUGAUAAGAACUGUGAGAAAAUUCAUUUCAUGGCACCAAAUAUAUACUGCUGUGGAGCUGGAACCGCUGCUGACACAGAAGCAGUGACAGGUAAUACAGGAACUAAUCUGGUCCUAUGUGGAUUCUGAUCUGUUGCACGACCAUUUCACCCCCAGUUUCGGUCAUUUUGAUCUUGAUGCGACGUCGUAUGCCACAAUCAUCUUGUUCUUCUCAAUAGAUAUGGUAAGCUCCCAGCUGCAGUUGCACAGAUAUGCGACAGGUCGAGAAUCAAGAGUCGUCACUGCCCUCUCUCUUUUGAAAACACACCUGUUCAGGUACGUUCCUGUUCUUUGAUAGAUUUUUUCCUUCGAUCCAGAAGCUAUAAAAUCAUCUCCAAUCUCCUACACCCUCAUUCUUCCCCAGGUACCAAGGAUAUGUCAGUGCUGCUCUGGUUCUCGGCGGCGUGGACGUCACCGGACCGCACCUUCACACGGUACACUCUCUGCCAGACAUAGGAAGCAAGCAUCAUUCGCCCCUUUCUUUGUCCAAAGAGAUGCAUGAAUCACGCGCGCUGGGGGGCAAUUUUCACUGCAGAUCUUUCCUCAUGGGUCAACUGACACUCUCCCCUUCGCCACAAUGGGAUCCGGGUCUCUGGCCGCCAUGGCUGUAUUCGAGUCAAAAUACAGAGAAGGCCUCAACGUACGUCACCCGGGACCAUCUCAUCAACCCCUUGCUCGCUAACAAUAUUAACACCUAACGAUGCUGAGCUUAUCUACUCUCUCCCCUCCCUGUUUCAGAGGGCGGAAGGAAUAAGCCUCGUGAGCGAAGCCAUAUGCUCCGGCAUAUUCAACGAUCUUGGAAGUGGAAGCAACGUGGAUGUCUGCGUCAUCACCGAGGUACGCCCCCACCUCCCCCCUAAAUUACGAAUCUUUUUUUUCUUUCAAAAAUUUCUUCCUGGUGACGUCUCAACAUGAAUUAAAAAAAAAAAAGGGCCACGUGGAGUACCUGAGGAACUACCAGCUCCCCAAUCCCCGGACCUACAUCAGCUCCAGAGGAUAUUCCUUCAGCAAAGGCCAGACGGGUAAUCCCCACCCGCCCCGCCCCCCCCGCCCCCCCCGCCCCCCCCGGACUCUGCCCUCUAAACUCACCCCGUUCUUUCGCUGCAGAGGUCCUGUCCGCGAGGGUCACCCCCCUAAAGCAGAAAGAGGCCGUCGCGGAAGCGGAUUUCAUGGAAGAAUGA